UAUACAGCAGACCGCUAAGGAAAGAGGGGACUAUGAAAAAGUGCGACUCCUCCAUUCUUCCACAUGGUUAUCUCACUGCUCAGGCGAGCUGCCCAGACAGCGAUGCUGUACCUCUCUUAAGAAAGUUGCGGUGUUGUUUUCAGGAGCGAAGUGUUCUGGGUAUUACAGGACGAGUCUUCAGUCGCACUGGCAGUUGAACGUCGAGAGCCUGACGUUGAAGAUUUGAACUUGUUAUUCCGAGAUCUGUAUUUUUGGGGAGAUCUGUGUGCGCUGGAGACUAAGCACACGGCGUCUCUUUUGGACUUAACAGAGCACUGAACAGAAAAGGAGAAGAUACUUGCUAGAACUUUUACACAUUCCGUCCGUCCGCGUGGUUUCAUGAAAUAGGUGACUGAAAUAAAACAGAUUUAGCCUAAAUUACAUAUCCCACUUUUACGCACUUCACCAUAUCGACAGAAAACCGAACACCACUUUUUAUUCAGUUGUCCGUCCAUCCCAGAGACUGAAACAAAAAUAGAAAUGAUGGUACAACACAUGAGUCCCACAGAGAGCACGGAUCCUUUCUCCCCCGGCGGGGAGUCGACCGAUACCGGGGAGAUGGACUUGGACAUGGAAGCUUCCCCUACACCCGGAUCUCCGCUAUCCUCCACUGGAGGGGACCGAGGUGACGUCGCCUGGUGUAAAACCCCUACGGGGCACAUCAAGAGACCAAUGAACGCGUUCAUGGUGUGGUCUCAGAUUGAGCGGAGGAAGAUUAUGGAGCAGAGCCCGGACAUGCACAACGCCGAGAUCUCCAAGCGCUUGGGAAAACGCUGGAAACUGCUCAGAGAUGUGGACAAGAUCCCGUUCAUCCGGGAAGCAGAACGGCUGAGACUCAAGCACAUGGCCGACUAUCCUGACUACAAGUACCGGCCCCGGAAGAAAGUCAAGACGCCCGGGGCUAAGACCGAGCGGGGAGAGAGAGGAGAGAAAGGCGCGGAUAGAAGUGGGGGCUCGAAGUCCUCCCUAAAAAGAAGCUCUGGGUCCAGGGGGAACAACAGAGCGCACAAGCCUGGACAUGGGAACGCCAAGCUCUCUUCCCAAGGGCAGGAAUGUGCGUCUCCCGCGGAUCACCACACGCUUUACAAAUCCCGGUCAGCGACUGGCGCCCGACAGAUUCCCGACAAACCACCGAGGCGCGGCCACAUGUUUGGCGGGGAAGGGAGCUUGGACAGCGGACCGCCCUCUGUGGGAGUCCCAGGCAGUCCCCUGAGCAGCUCAGCAGAGUCCAGUGACCCGAUGAGCCUGUACGAGGACCAAGUGACAGGGACAAGCGAAGCACGCCCCCUCAACACUUCUACAUCCUCAUCAUCCGCAGCCCGCCUCAGGUACACGCGUGCGUCCUCUCCGACCCCGUCUGCGUCUCACUCCUCUUCCUCUUCUCUUUCCUCUUCAUCAGAUGAAGAGUUAGAGGACGAGCGGUUCGAUCUAGAACCGAGCCCUGGGUUUGAGAGCAUGUCUCUGGGCAGCAUAGGGCAUGGUGAGUCGGAGCUGGACAGGGAUCUGGACUGGAGCUUUGGGGAGUGCGGUGCGGGUUCUCACUUUGACUUCCCCGAUUACUGUACCCCAGAGGUCAGCGAGAUGAUCUCCGGUGACUGGCUGGAGUCCACUAUCUCCAACCUGGUAUUCACUUACUGAAAGGUGGAGAGGAGAAAAAAAGAAAAUAAAGGAGAGAGAAAACAGAGGGCAAGGCAAAGACAAUCCCUGCCCCGCGCCAAACUGAAGCCCUGUGAGUGUGAAGGAAGAAGAAUCUUUAAACAUUCUUUUGAAAUUGCUGGGGGAGUUGUAUGUGCGCUAAAAUGUAUCCUGCAUUUGGGAAAGAAUACCCAAAUAUUAACAUGUGUUUGGGUUGUUCGGGAAGGGUGUGUUAGUAUAAAAACAUAAUUUGUUCCAUGUGCGCAUUGACACAGAUCAAAGACAUGAACUGGGACCGACAGAAGCAUCCGCUGCCUGUAGUGCAGAGCAGAGGGAAAGUGCUUAGCUUGCAGUUGGAGAAAGAGGAGAGGAGGGCUUUCUUACUCAAUCUGAGCCCGCCUCUGUUACCAGUGACACACACACGAACUUACUGAACUGCAUUCAAUCGUGCCCGCAGAAGGAGUUGUGCGGGUCGAUGGCGAUGAUGACUGUAUGCGUAAACGUUUUUUUUAGUUCAACGUAGCCAUGGGGUGGGGUGGGGGGGGUAAAGUUUUUUCUUACGUCACCGCUCCUGAUGUUUACCUACCUUUCCAGGGGAGGUUUGUAUGGAGUUUAAAAUUCAGGUUUGUUUUUCUUAAGCUUAGAAUAACUAUUAACAACACGCAUGCGCUCCCAUGUGGAGGAAUGUUCUGUUUUGUUAAAUUGAGUGAUGAAUCUGAAAUAAUAAUCUUUAUUAUAAUGUAGCCUAAUUUCCGCGUUGAGUGUGUGUGUGCGUGCGUUUGACCACAGAACACAGAUUACAAUCACCAGCUUUUCUCUCAACGGCAGGACAAAAAAAAAAAAACUCAAACUCAGAAUUUUUUUCUGCAACCUUUUACACUCUCAGUGCACAUUUCAGGACCAAUUCCUUUACGUGCUCAACGCCUAGUGCUUCUGACUUUGUAGUUAUUCAAUAUCAGAUGACUUUUUAUAUCGAUGUAUUUAUACCAGCCAAACACGUUUUUUAUACUUUGAAGUAUUGUUGUCGUAUAAGGUCUUGUGUGUGUGUGUGUGUGGGUGCGUGUGUGUGUGUGGGUGUGCGCGCGCGUGUGUGAACCAUGCACCUAUCUGUAUCCAUGUACAGAAGGGCUAGAAGUGUAUCUUAUUUAAAUGUUGACAUCUCUCACUUUUUAAAGAGAAGAACUCAGUGUGUCAUUUUCUAUAUGUGUAUUUUUGUACAAAAUCUAUGGAGGGCGUGUCAGUUGGUCGUUUCUUGGAGCUGGAGGGUCUGUUGUCACACAAUCUGUUCCCUAUAUUGUUUACACUUGACAGUAUAUCAAGCAGCAUGCUUCUUAAAGGCACAGUGUCUCUAUUUCACCAGUCGAGCAUACAAACACCUCGUGCUACUAGACCACUUGAAGCCCUUGUCAGACUCAUUCCACAAAGGCGAGUGUCUGCUAAUGUUAGUUAUUUCCUUAUAGUCUGUGUUUAAGAACUAAACCACCAAGUGAGGGAAGUUCCUCACUUUGACCCUUAAGUACAAAGGAGUAGUGAAAAUCUGCAGACACUCAGUCCUCAAUGGAAUAUGAGCAGGGCUUUGGUGAUGGGGGUGUUAGCAGCAUUUCAACAUCAAACAAAACUAGCCUGGGUAACAGUACAUUUGUGUUAACAGUCCAUCCCUACUCCUCGUUGUGUGCCAAAAAGGUUUAGCAUGAUAUGGUGUGGCAAGUGGUGGAAACAGCCAGCCCAAACAACCUUGUCUACGUAGAAAUUGGUGAAGACGGAAGGAGAGUGAAAUGCAUUUGGAUUUAUUUAAUGUCUGUGUGCUUUUUACAGUGAUAAGUUUGAUUUGAAACCCACUGGACAGAAUCUGACACUCAUUCUGAAUGCCUGUUAGAGGGAUGUGUACAGUAGAAAGGAAGUGCUUCAAUUGUUUAUAAUUGCCCAGUUGCAUUCAAGUAUUUAAUCUUUUUCUACCUGUUGGCUAAGAUUAGCUAGCUAAUUGUUUUCCUAUAUUAUGGCAUGGCAAAUUAGCAUUUGUAUUUCAGAUUCAGGUAUGUGUAUAGCUGUUGUGUUUAAGAUUUCUUUAAAAAAUAAUAUCAAUUGAAGAUAUUUAUGUUUAUUGACUGUAUUAUAAACCAGAUAAGAUUGUGUUGUAUAAUUAUCAACAACAGGCACUAAAAUUGCCAUCUUUUAACAUUCUGUUGUUAAAGUUUAAUGUGGUCCAGGAUUUUCUAUCUUUAUAAAUUUUUUUCAUUUGUUUUAAUUUGUGCAAUAUGCUGUGUGUAUGAUAAUUUUCCGUCCAAUCAUACCGUAUCUCAUUAGAAUAUAAAACUCAAUGCCAGCCAAUCGGGUCAAUUACUGCCUCAGACCUCUGUACAGAACAUUUUUAUUUGUUUUUGUUCUCUUUUUUUCGAGAAGGAAAUAAAAUCAGCUGGAACUGAAUCUUCCUA